AUGUUCACCUCAAUAUCGUCCUUCUUAGGCUGGAAAGAAGAAGAGCCAGUGAUACAAAGCUACCCACCCGUUACCAUUGUUGGUGUCAGGAUCCCAGCCGACGGCACUCCCGCCCACCUUCUCCCGCUCACCACAAUAAGUGACUCCUCAGCUCCGGACAGCUUCCUCCUCCACGUCCCUGACCUGCGCUCCCAUUGGGUUUCGGAACAAGCAUGGAGAUUGCGUGACCUCCACAGAUUCGACCUACAGAAAGAUGGUCGUGUCCCGCUCUCGCAGCAUCUCCAGCAAGCGGACGACCUCAAGAACCUGCUUCGUCAGCCACAACACCUUAGUCGCGAGCGAAUGCUUCAUCUGCGGCAACGAUAUCUUGUUCCUCAGCAGCGCUUCUUUGUACAGCAACACAAUCAUUAUCAUUACUGUCUGGGGGCCUACUACGUCUUCUACUCAUUUGCAGUCGACGAUUUGCCAGUCAACAAAUUUGUCCCUCGUUGGAUUGAGGAAAAUAAUGAUGUCCACCUCACCCACCGUUAUUUUGGAGAUGUUUUUGUGGUGAAAAUAAGCCAGGAUGAGGUUGGACAGGACGGCCGAGCUGCUUAUGAAGACGUAGAUCCGCUGUUUCUAGAUUUCCUGGUUGAUGAUGCUGCCUGUUCGAAAACACUCAUUCCCUUGCUUCACCUACGAGAAGAACAGAAGAUGAUUGGAGGUCCCAACAUUUUCUAA